GCUCGUUCCCUUUUGUUAGGAGCUCAAAUUUUCCAGACCCUUCCAUUGUUCUCUUCUUCCUCGCUUUUUAACUCUCUUUUCUUCGUCGUUUCUCUCACAUUCACAAUCAAAUUUUCUCUAAGUGCAAUUAUAAUUCACCGGCGAACCCACUUCAAUGGCGAAGUACGGCGAGGGAGACAAGCGUUGGAUCGUAGAAGACAGACCAGACGGCGCCAAUGUUCACAACUGGCACUGGGCAGAAACCGACUGCAUAGAAUGGUCAAGAAAUUUCUUCAAUCAACACCUAACAAACGUCACCGUAUUGAAUGGCGAAGGGAAUCUUUAUAUCAAGAUCAAGAAGCUAGAAAAGCUCGAGGGUGAAGCUUAUGUUAAUGUUCGGAAGGGGAAAAUUAUCCCGGGAUAUGAAUUGAAUGUUACCCUUUUGUGGGAGGGUGAAGCGAGGGAUUCUGAAGGUGGGGUAUUGUUGAAAGCUGAAGGGUCUGUGGAGAUCCCUUAUAUUUCGGAUGAGAAUGCGGAUGAGAAUCCAGAACUUAGGGUCUUAGUGAAGGAUGAGGGGCCUAUUGGGAAGAGAUUGAGGGAGGCGAUGUGGGACAAGGGAAAAGUUUUGAUCUUUGAGAAGGUGAGAGGUUAUGUUGAGAGUAUGGCGAAAGGUGGGCCGUGUAAGGAGGAGUUAGAGGCGAAGAAAGUGACGGGGAAGACGGGGAAGAAGGAGGAAGCAGGAGGGAGUGUGAUGGUGGAGAAGAAGGAAGUUGUUAAGAAAGAAGUGAAGAAGGAGGAGAAGAGAAAAGAAGGGUUUAAGACGAUAACGAUGACGGAGAAAUUUAGCUGUAGAGCUAAGGAUUUGUAUGAGAUAUUGAUGGAUGAGAAUAGAUGGAAGGGGUUUACAAUGAGCAAUGCUAGGAUAAGUAAGGAGGUUGGUGGAGAGAUUAGCAUUUUUGAUGGGUCAGUUACAGGGAAGAAUUUGGAGUUGCAAGAGGGGAAAUUGAUAGUGCAGAAAUGGAGGUUUGGAAGUUGGCCUGAUGGGAUUGAUUCAACGGUGAGACUCACUUUUGAGGAGCCUGAACCAGGGGUUACCAUUGUUAAGUUGAAGCAUGUUGAUGUUCCUGAAGAAGAUAGAUAUGGAAAUUCAACAGUAGUGGAAAACACUGAGAGAGGAUGGCGGGAUCUUAUAUUCCACAAGAUACGGGCAGUUUUUGGUUUUGGAAUAUGAUUCUUUCUUUUUUCUACUUCCAAAUGAAGUCAUAGAGUCAUCUUAAAAGUGUAGAAUCUUGUCAGUUAACUUCAUUUCAGUUGGAAACUGUUAUAAGCUACUGAUUAUGAAGAUUAUAAGAACAAUGCGAGUCUUGUGGUCUCAUUUGGAUUGCUGUUUAUGUUGGACUCAAUCUUGUCAGUCUCAUGUUUCUAAUAACUAAAAUUCAAGGAA